UGUAGGGAGCGGGCGUCGGAAGGACCCGUGGGGAUAGAAAAUGGGGCCGUUUGAGCCCUGGCAAAGGUGGGCUUGGGGAUCCAUGAGAAGGAGAUGGCUGAGAGGCUUGCGGAGCUGGAGUCCGAGGGUGCGCACGUGGGGGCGGCCGCGGGUGGGCAAGGAGCCCUGGAGAGGACGCUGCGGGCUUGUGCGAUAGACAGGCUCGAAGAUGUGGAAGAACUGAGUAGGUGGGGAUGGAGGACUGCAGGGGACCCUAGGGUUGGAGAGAUGAAGGACGCUGGGGAAUGCGGAUUACAUUCUGCAGAGCCCGAUGGCUAGGAUGGAGUUAGAGGCUACGGGAAGCCGGGGGUGGGGGCGGGGGCGUGCCGAGUGUUCCUCCGAGGCAUGACUUAGAGGGAAGACGUUUCUGGGCCGGGAGCCUGCGACCUUGUGCCCUUUCCUACACUCCUUCUUCCCACUCCCUCCAACCCCCCUCCACCCCGCACUGCAGCACCUCCCGGUGGGGGCAGGGAGGCUGAGAGGGAGGUUGGCUACAGGAAGUGGAGGGCCGCGCCAGCCUAGGGGAACUGGGAGGUGGUGUGGGGAGGGAGUGUCCAAGGUUUCUGCUGUCAUCACCUCCCUGGAGGCAGGCUCCAGGGGCUAGGUUUGUUUACCUGCUUCUUCCCCAAGGCAGCCUAUGGAGUCACCCUGGCUCCUGGCAACUUCUCCCAUGCGGAGUGGGGCCGAGCUCCUGUCUCCCGUGUCCCCCAGUACUAUAGGAUUACUGUUGAGCAGUGUUAGAAACUGACCUCGGGCCUGAAAACUGGACCUCUCGCUGUUUACAACCCUCUGCCUCCUAGGCCCGAAGUGGGAAGAUCUGUGCACCUGGUUUCUGUUGGGCAUAGGAGCUAUUUAUGGAACAAGAUGUGGGGGAGGAGGACCUAUCUCUAACCUACUGUACAUCAAGCACAGCGCCCUGCACUUUCGCUUGCAUUCUUAUUAAAUCCUCUAACUGCUAGAUGCGUUUUAUGACGUUCGGUUUUAUAAGUGGGGUAGGGAACAACUGAAAGACAGGAAAUAAGGCCCUUGAUGCCAUUAAUCUUUUAUCCUCUUGCCCUCAUUGGUAUCUUCAUCCCACCUUGGGUCCCAGUCCCCUCUUCUGUUCCCACACCACCUGUCACAUGCAAGGGAUGAUGGCUGUUUGCUCCCGGGUCUGUCUUUUGUGGGAGAGGGAUGCUGUGGAGGGAGCAUAUCCAAGCUCUAAAGUGGCAUUCUCUCGCACCCUUUGCAGUUCUGCCUCCUGGGGGCAUUGUUGGCCCCCAUCCGAGUGCUUCUGGCCUUUAUCGUCCUCUUUCUCCUCUGGCCCUUUGCCUGGCUGCAAGUGGCCGGUCUUAGUGAGGAGCAGCUUCAGGAGCCAAUUACAGGAUGGAGGAACCCUUCUUCGGUUCAACCAAGCCAUCCUAGUAUCCCGGCAUGACCCGGCUUCUCGCCGCAGAGUGGUGGAGGAGGUCCGAAGGCGGGCCACCUCAGGAGGCAAGUGGCCGCAGGUGCUAUUCUUUCCCGAGGGCACCUGUUCCAACAAAAAGGCGUUGCUUAAGUUCAAACCAGGAGCCUUCAUCGCAGGGGUGCCUGUGCAGCCCGUCCUCAUCCGCUACCCCAACAGUCUGGACACCACCAGCUGGGCAUGGAGGGGUCCUGGAGUACUCCAAGUCCUCUGGCUCACAGCCUCUCAGCCCUGCAGCAUUGUGGAUGUGGAGUUCCUUCCUGUGUAUCACCCCAGCCCUGAGGAGAGCAGGGACCCCACCCUCUAUGCCAACAAUGUUCAGAGGGUCAUGGCACAGGCUCUGGGCAUUCCAGCCACCGAAUGUGAGUUCGUAGGGAGUUUGCCUGUGAUUGUGGUGGGCCGGCUGAAGGUGGCGUUGGAGCCACAGCUCUGGGAACUGGGAAAAGUGCUUCGGAAGGCUGGGCUGUCCCCUGGCUAUGUGGACGCUGGGGCAGAGCCAGGCCGGAGUCGAAUGAUCAGCCAGGAAGAGUUUGCCAGGCAACUACAGCUCUCUGAUCCUCAGACGGUGGCUGGUGCCUUUGGCUACUUCCAGCAGGAUACCAAGGGUUUGGUGGACUUCCGAGAUGUGGCCCUUGCGCUAGCAGCUCUGGAUGGGGGCAGGAACCUGGAAGAGCUGACUCGUCUGGCCUUUGAGCUCUUUGCUGAAGAGCAAGCAGAGGGGCCCAACCGCCUGCUGUGCAAAGACGGCUUCAGCGCCAUCCUGCACCUGCUGCUGGGUUCGCCCCGCCCUGCCGCCGCAGCUUUGCAUGCUGAGCUGUGCCAGGCAGGACCCAGCCGAGGCCUGUCCCUGUGUCAGUUCCAGAACUUCUCCCUCCAUGACCCACUCUAUGGGAAGCUCUUCAGCACCUACCUGCGCCCCCCACACACCUCUCGAGGCACCUCCCAGACACCAAAUGCCUCAUCCCCAGGCAGCCCCACUGCUCUGGCCAACGGGACUGUGCAAGCACCCAAGCAGAAGGGAGACUGAGCGCCUCAGCCUCUCGCCCCUCCUCCUCAGGGCAGCGCCAGGGGCCUCCCCUGUGCCUCAGCCCCACCCCCUCCUCCUCAGGGCAGCGCCAGGGGUCUCCCCUACGCUCAGCCCCUCUCUGCUCCUGUUUGAAUUUUGUUAUUGUUGUUUGGUUGUUUUUUUUUUAAGUUGAUUUUAAUUUUUUGUUUGGCUGAUUUUUUUUUUUGUAAAAAAC